CCACUUCAAGCCAUCCGUAUCUGACCAUCACCCUCACUGCCACCAUGCUGGCCUCGGGGCUGCUUCUGGUGGCUCUGCUGGCCUGCUUGUCUGUCAUGAUCUUGACGUCUGUCUGGCGACAAAGGAAGCUCUGGGGGAAGCUGCCCCCUGGGCCGACUCCAUUGCCCUUUAUUGGGAACUACCUGCACCUGAAUACAGAGCAGAUGUACAAUUCUCUCAUGAAGCUCAGCAAGCGCUACGGUUCCGUGUUCACGGUCCACCUGGGGCCCCGGCGGAUCGUGGUACUGUGUGGAUACGACGCAGUGAAGGAAGCACUGGUGGACCAAGCUGAGGAAUUCAGUGGACGAGGCGAGCAGGCCACCUUCGACUGGCUCUUCAAAGGCUACGGUGUGGCGUUCAGCAACGGUGAACGUGCCAAGCAGCUACGGCGCUUCUCCAUCACCACGCUGCGGGACUUCGGCGUGGGCAAACGCGGCAUCGAGGAGCGCAUCCAGGAGGAGGCGGGCUUCCUCAUCGAGACCUUCCGGGGCACGCGCGGCGCCUUCAUCGAUCCUACCUACUUCCUGAGCCGCACCGUCUCCAACGUCAUCAGCUCCAUCGUCUUCGGGGACCGCUUUGACUAUGAAGACAAAGAGUUCCUGUCACUGUUGCGUAUGAUGCUGGGAAGUUUCCAGUUCACAGCUACUUCCACGGGACAGCUCUAUGAGAUGUUCUCCUCAGUAAUGAAACACCUCCCAGGACCACAGCAGCAAGCCUUUAAGGAGCUGCAGGGGCUAGAGGAUUUCAUAGCCAAGAAGGUGGAGCAGAACCAGCACACGCUGGACCCCAACUCCCCACGGGAUUUCAUCGAUUCCUUCCUCAUCCGCAUGCAGGAGGAGAAGAACAACCCCAACACGGAGUUCUACAUGAAGAACCUGGUUCUGACCACACUGAACCUCUUCUUCGCGGGCACUGAGACCGUCAGCACCACCCUGCGUUACGGCUUCCUGCUGCUCAUGAAGCACCCAGAUGUGGAGGCCAAGCUGCACGAAGAGAUUGACCGGGUGAUCGGCAAGAACCGUCAGCCCAAGUUUGAGGACCGGGCCAAGAUGCCCUACACAGAGGCAGUGAUCCAUGAGAUCCAGAGAUUUGGAGACAUGAUCCCCAUGGGUGUGGCCCGCAGGGUUGUCAAGGACACCAAGUUCCGGGACUUCCUCCUCCCUAAGGGCACUGAAGUGUUCCCCAUGCUGGGCUCUGUGCUGAGAGACACCAAGUUCUUCUCCAGCCCCCAAGACUUCAACCCUCAGCACUUCCUGGAUGAGAAAGGGCAAUUUAAGAAGAAUGAUGCCUUUGUGCCCUUCUCCAUUGGAAAGCGGUACUGUUUCGGGGAAGGUCUGGCCAGAAUGGAGCUCUUUCUCUUCCUUACCACCAUCCUGCAGAACUUCCAUUUCAAGUCCCCGCAGUCACUGAAGGACAUCGAUGUGUCCCCCAAACAUGUGGGUUUUGCCACCAUCCCACCAAACUACACUAUGAGCUUCCAGCCCCGCUGAGCAAGCGCAGUACUAGGGCGGGGCUCCUGGGAGGGGCAAAUGGGGAGGGGGUGGGGCUAAAGGACUGGGCGGAGUUGAAGCAGAAAGCUGAGGGCA